CCAGGCCUGGCCUUGGAGGGCAGGGAGGCGUCUGUGCCCCGGCUGGGGAGAGGGUGGGCACUGCAAUCCUUACUCCUUUGAUCUGUCUGAUUGAAAGGCCCGGACAGUCAGCUCUCUUCUGGGCCCUGUGACUAGGCCAAAGAGAUCGUGUCACCCAGAUUUGCUCAGUGAUUGGGCUGAACCAGCUGUGUCCCCAGGUUACCCAGACCCCCUUGAGCAGCUGCUCCCCCUCCCUGUCCCUGGCUGCUGCUUACUGCCCCAGCUCUGGUCUUCCUCCCUUCCCCUUCCUCCCUCCCCUCAGCGGCACUGAGGUCACCUCCCUCUGAAUCAGGCCUUUGUGGGGGGCGGGGCCACCCGUUGGCAGUUCUGGCGGGAGAAGCCUCCAGUUCGAGUUGGAGCUCCCACCUCCUGCAGCUCCAUCUCUACCCAGCAUGGCCGGCCUCAUGUGUUCCAGACCCAACAUCCAACAUCCAGGCGUGUCGUGGGACCACCGGAGGAAUGUUUGAAACCAGGGCCACCCUGAAGCACCCAGAUUGGGGGUUUUCCAGGCCGGGGGGUAGAGCUGAGCACAGAAGCUGAAUCUUGAACUUAAACUGGGGUCCUGCUCACGGCACGCUCUGCUCCUGGCGCCAAGUUUAAGUGUCGACCUCUUCCCUGGGACUCGGUAGCGAUCCGAGCUGACAGCUUCCUGCCCUCUGCUUGUGGCCCUGCAGAUGAAGAGAAGGCCUCUGGGCCUGAGUUGGCCAGACCACCUCGACUGAGGGCAGAAAACUUCUCCCCAAAGCGAGGUUGAGUCACGGUCUGCCUUCAUUUCCGGAGCCUCUCCUAAGCCCAGCUGGGGAUCCAGAGACAGACGCGCGUGACAGAGCUGUUGCUUUUGGGCGGCUCAUCACUUGGAGGGUCUCCUCGAGGUCACGGUGGGACUCAGGCCUCCCUGCCCUGGGAUCCACAGAGGCUCAGCUUGAGAGAGUGGCAGCGGUCAGCUCUGUGCCAAGGUGACCAUUUUGGCUUCUAGAGUGUGUGCCAGCCUGGGUGAGGAGGCAGAGACAGGAGCCGCCAGGGCUUCCUUCACUUGUUCCCAGGGCCCGAUGUCGGAGGCCAUGGAGCAGCCAGCCACGAGUCCUGGAAAGCCGAGGCCGGGAGAGGGUGGUGACGGCGGCACAGAGACGGGCACCUGCCAGGAGCUCCUGCACCGGCUGCGGGAGCUGGAGGCAGAGAACUCGGCGCUUGCCCAGGCCAAUGAAAACCAGCGGGAGACCUAUGAGCGCUGUCUAGAUGAGGUUGCCAACCACGUGGUACAGGCGCUGCUAAACCAAAAGGACCUGCGGGAGGAGUGCAUCAAGCUGAAGAAGAGGGUGUUUGACCUGGAACGGCAGAACCAGAUGCUCAGCGCCCUGUUCCAGCAGAAGCUCCAGCUGACGACAGGCUCCCUCCCCCAGAUCCCACUUACCCCACUCCAGCCUCCAUCAGAACCACCAGCUUCUCCCUCCUUGAGCUCUGUCGAGGGACCGACCACCUCGCUGCCUCUGGGGCACUGUACUGGACAGAGAGAGGUGUGUUGGGAGCAACAGCUGCGGCCAGGAGGCCCAGGACCCCCAGCCGCCCUGCCCCCAGCGCUGGAUGCCCUGUCCCCUUUCCUUCGAAAGAAAGCCCAGAUCCUGGAGGUGCUGAGAGCCCUGGAAGAGACGGACCCCUUGCUUCUUUGCUCACCUGCCACUCCCUGGCGGCCUCCAAGCGAGGGUCCUGGCUCCCCAGAGCCCAUCAACGGCGAGCUGUGUGGCCCACCCCAGCCUGAACCCUCAUCCUGGGCCCCCUACUUGCUACUAGGCCCUGGUAGCCUGGGAGGCCUGCUACACUGGGAGCGCCUCUUGGGGGGCCCAGGGGGGGAAGAGGGUGCUGGGCGGCCCUGGGGCCCGAGUAGAGUUUCCUCCCAGGCCCAAGGCACUGGCUCUGGGCCUCCCUGUGCCCCAGGCAGCAGUUCCUCUUCCUCCUCUGAUGAGGCAGGUGACCCCAACGAGGCACCCAGCCCUGACACCCUGCUUGGGGCCCUAGCCCGCAAACAGCUGAACUUGGGCCAGCUCCUUGAGGACACAGAGUCUUACCUACAGGCCUUCUUGGCCGGGGCUGCAGGCCCACUCAGUGGGGACCAACCAGGUCCUGGGCAGCCAUCUUCCCCAGACCAGGGGCCCCCACAGCUGUCCAAGUCCAAAGGCCUCCCCAAGUCAGCUUGGGGUGGGGGUACCCCAGAGGCCCACAGGCCGGGCUUUGGUGCUACCUCAGAGGGCCAGGGGCCCCUCCCCUUCCUCAGCAUGUUCAUGGGUGCAGGUGAUGCCCCCCUGGGCUCUCGGCCUGGCCACCCCUACUCCUCAUCUCAGGUGAAAAGCAAGCUCCAAAUUGGCCCCCCUUCUCCUGGGGAAGCCCAGGGACCCCUUCUGCCCUCUCCAGCCAGAGGUCUCAAGUUUCUAAAGUUGCCUCCAGCCUCGGAGAAGGUGCCCAGCCCAGGAGGCCCCCAGCUCAGCCCCCAGCUUCCCCGGAACUCCCGAAUUCCCUGUCGAAACAGCGGCUCAGACGGCAGCCCCUCCCCAUUGCUGGCCCGCAGGGGUCUGGGUGGAGGAGAGCUGUCCCCGGAGGGGGCACAGGCCCUGCCUACCAGUCCUUCACCCUGCUCCACAGCCCUGGACUCUGCACAGUUGAGACCUCCCCAGCCAGCUUUGUCCACCACGCUGUCCCCGGGACCUGUGGUAUCUCCCUGCUAUGAGAACAUCCUGGACCUUUCCCGGAGCACCUUUAGGGGGCCUUCCCCAGAGCCACCUCCUUCCCCACUGCAGGUACCCACCUACCCACAAUUAACUCUAGAGGUGCCACGGGCCCCUGAGGUCCUCAGAAGUCCUGGAGCUCCUCCCAGCCCUUGCCUCCCAGAAUCCUGCUCCUAUGGGAGUGCCCAGGAGAAGAGUUUGGACAAAGCAGGCUCAGAGUCUCCCCAUCCUGGCCGCAGGACCCCAGGCAGCUCAUCCAAGAAGCCCAGCCAGGGGGCAGGGCGGCGACCUGGGGAUCCUGGCUACACACCUCUGCGGGACAGACUGGUAGCCCUGGGGAAACUGAAGACUGGCCCUGAGGGGCCAGAGAAAAACGGGGUGCCAGCCAGACCUGGCACUGAGAAGUCCCGGGGAGCAGGGAGGUCAGGGGAGAGCGCUGGAGACAUGGCACCCCCCGCCCCCAGGCCUCCCGAGGGGCCAGACGCCAAGGGGGCCUUGCGGGGGGCAGUGGCCUUAGGCACAAACAGCCUGAAGCAGCAAGAACCUGGGCUCCUGGGGGACCCCGGGGCCCGAGUCUACUCCUCCCACUCCAUGGGGGCCCGGGUGGACCUGGAGCCUGUCUCACCAAGGAGCUGCCUCACCAAAGUGGAGUUGGCCAAGAGCCGGCUGGCAGGGGCCCUGUGCCCCCAGGUACCCCGUGCCCCUGCCAAAGUGCCAACCUCAGCCCCCAGCCUUGGCAAGCCCAAUAAGAGCCCCCAUGGCAGCCCUACAAAGCUGCCUUCCAAGUCACCCACCAAGGUGGUACCCCGACCUCUGGCCCCACCAACUACCAAGGAGCCCCCCAAGCCUGACAAGAGCAAGGGCCCACCUUGGGCAGAGUGUGGCAGCACUACCGCCCAGCCUACGUCCCCCGCGCCCAGCCCUGCUGACCCAAGCCAAGGCCCUGAGGGGCGGGCCCCACACUCCGCCAUCGAGGAGAAGGUAAUGAAGGGCAUCGAGGAGAAUGUGCUGCGGCUCCAGGGCCAGGAGCGGGCGCCAGGCGCUGAGGCCAAGCACCGCAACACCAGCAGCAUUGCCAGCUGGUUUGGCCUUAAGAAGAGCAAGCUGCCAGCGCUGAACCGCCGCACAGAGACCGCCAAGAGCAAGGAGGGGGCCAGUGGGGGCUCCCCACUCCGGAAGGAAGUCAAGAUGGAAGCCCGGAAGCUGGAGGCAGAGAGUCUCAACAUCUCCAAGUUGAUGGCUAAGGCGGAAGACCUACGCCGGGCACUGGAGGAGGAGAAGGCCUACCUGAGCAGCAGGGCCCGGCCCCGGGCCGGAGGGCCAGCGCCAGGACCAAGUACGGGGCUGGGGCAGGUGCAGGGCCAGCUGGCUGGCAUGUACCAGGGCGCAGACACCUUCAUGCAGCAGCUGCUCAACAGGGUGGAUGGCAAGGAGCUGCCCCCCAAGAACUGGCGGGAGCCCAAACCAGAGUAUGGCGAUUUCCAGCCAGUGUCCUCUGACCCCAAGAACCCCUGGCCAGCCUGUGGGCCCCGAAAUGGCCUGGUGGGGCCUCUUCAGGGCUGCGGAAAACCUCCUGGAAAGCCGAGCAGCGAGCCGGGAAGGCGGGAAGAGAUGCCCUCCGAGGACAGCCUGGCUGAGCCAGUGCCCACCUCACACUUCACAGCCUGUGGCUCCUUGACUCGAACCCUGGACAGUGGCAUUGGGACCUUUCCACCCCCAGACCAUGGCAGCAAUGGGACCCCCAGCAAGAAUCUUCCCAAGACAAAGCCACCACGGCUGGAUCCCCCACCCGGAGUCCCCCCAGCUCGGCCCCCGCCCCUUACCAAAGUCCCCCGCCGCGCCCACACGCUGGAGCGUGAGGUGCCGGGCAUAGAGGAACUGCUGGUGAGCGGGCGGCACCCUAGCAUGCCAGCCUUCCCCGCUCUGCUCACUGCUGCUCCGGGCCACCGGGGCCAUCAGGCCUGUCCUGACGAUCCGUGUGAGGACCCAGGCCCUCCCCCUCCUGUCCAGCUGGCUAAGAACUGGACCUUCCCCAAUGCGAGGGCAGCCGGCAGCUCCACUGACCCUUUCCUGUGCCCAUCCCGACAAUUGGAGGGGCUGCCCAGGACCCCCAUGGCCCUGCCCAUGGACCGGAAGCAGAACCUGGAGCCCAGCCGUCCAGCCCCUGCACCCCAGGGCCCGACGUUUGGAGGUAGCCGCACGCCCAGCACAUCGGACAUGGGCGAGGAAGGGAGAGUGGCCAGUGGGGGCCCCCCAGGUCUGGAGACCUCAGAGUCUCUCAGUGACUCCCUCUACGACUCGCUCUCCUCCUGUGGGAGUCAGGGCUGAGGGGCUGCACCGCACUACGGUCCCUCUCUGGAGUUGGAGACCACCGACUGGACCAGCUCUCCUGGCGCCCCAUCCCUCGGGGCCAGUGGGGCCCCUCCCUGCAGGGACCAAGGAGGCAGAUGGAAAAGAAGAUGAAGGGGGUCCCUGACACACCCCACUGCCCACUGCUGCUGUGGAGGGGAUGACCGCUCUCAGCUCAGGGAGAGACCCCACCCUUGGUCCCUUCUCUCACCUGGAGUAAGGCUCUUCUCUGAGGGACCGGGGGUUCAAGGUGGCUGUGUCCCAGCCCCCAGCUCCCCCUUCAGGCUGAGCCAUCUUGUGGUGCUGGGCUUCCUGCCCGCCAGCUGUGCCGUCUCUGCCCAACCUGGCUGCUCCCUGCCCUGGAGCCCCACGGGGCCAGCCCAGAGUCCCCGUGCUGGUGGAGUUUGGGGGCGAAGGGUCAAGUUGCCUUCUCUCUCUGUCUGCCCUGGUCCUCCCCGCUGUCUGGAUGGUGCUGCCCUCCCCCGCCCCAUGUCUCUGGGGUCCGUCUGUCUGUCUUUUUGUUGUUUUUUAUAUUAAAGCGCCUGGCCCGGUCCCCAUCCCCCAUCCCCGCACUGCGGUUAAUUUAUCUGUCGUUAAGAACUCGGCUGCUCUGCUUCCAGCCUCUGCUUCUGCCCUAUUCCUAAUAAAAUGUGGAGGCCCCUCCCUGC